AUGGGUCUACUCGAUAGAGUUAAUAGAGCUAUCAGUAAAAAGGAUAAACGAGACCAACUUCCUACUACCAAUAAUGAAUAUAAUGAUGGCAAGAUAAAGGAUAAGAAAUAUACUCCAAAGAAGAAAAGUAAAAGUACAAAAAAUUUAUUGGUGACAGUAGUUUCCAUAAUAGUUGUUUGUUGCGUUUGCAUUAAGAUAAUAUCCAGUUUCUCGCAAAGUAACAGUACUAAAGGUAGCUUCGAUUUAGAUAAAAUUAACAUCAAAGUACCAUCUUACGUAACAAAAUCCUUAGAAGAAGAAGAGUAUUAUGAUUUUGAUUUUGAAGAUAUCGAGCCGAAAAUAAUUAAAAAAUUUGAUCAAGGUGUGGAACAUUACUUAAUAACUGAAUAUGGUAGUGAUGUGCUGACACCAAAGGAUAAUGAACGUUAUGAAAAAGAAUUGGCUAUGCUUUUGGAUGCUACCGUAGAGCAAUACGAUUUGGCUGAUUUCAGAGGUUCCCCUAAAGGUAAUGAGCACAGGGAUCAUAUCCUAGUUUGUGUCCCGUUAAGAGACGCUGAACAAGUUAUGCCUUUGAUGUUCAAACAUUUAAUGAAUUUGACUUAUCCCCACGAAUUAAUUGAUUUGGCCUUCCUUGUCAGUGAUUGUUCUGUUGGAGAUCAUACAUUGGAAGCAUUAUUGCAAUAUUCUAAACAGUUACAAAAUGGGACACUAUCUCAGGUGUUUGCUGAAAUGGAUUAUGUUAAAGAACACACUAAAGGUAGUGGUGUCUCAGCAGAUGAUAUGCAUAUCAAAUAUAUGAGUCCACAAUAUAUUGCACAGAUUGAACAUGCCUUCAAACCACCAUUCCAUAAGGACUAUGAUAAACCAUUCCGUUCUGUUCAAAUCUUUCAAAAGGAUUUCGGUCAAGUUAUUGGUCAAGGUUUCAGUGAUAGACAUGCUGUUAAGGUUCAGGGUAUCAGACGUAAAUUGAUGGGUAGGGCAAGAAAUUGGUUAACUGCUAAUGCUUUGAAGCCUUAUCAUUCUUGGGUCUACUGGAGAGAUGCAGAUGUAGAGCUAUGUCCUGGUUCAGUCAUUGAAGAUCUUAUGGCUACCGAUUAUGAUAUUAUGGUUCCAAAUGUUUGGAGACCCUUGCCUGAAUUCUUAGAUAGUGCCCAACCUUACGAUUUGAAUUCAUGGGUCGAAUCUCAAGAAGCUUUAAAAUUGGCUGCCACAUUGGAUGAAGAUGAUGUCAUUGUGGAAGGUUAUGCUGAGUAUCCAACUUGGAGAGUCCAUUUGGCGUACCUAAGAAAUGAAGAAGGUAAUCAGAAUGAAGUCAUGGAUUUGGAUGGUGUUGGUGGUGUUUCAAUUUUAGCAAAGGCUAAAAUAUUUAGAAGUGGUGUACAAUUCCCAGCUUUUACUUUUGAAAACCAUGCAGAAACUGAAGCAUUUGGGAAGAUGGCCAAGAAAAUGGGGUAUAGAGUAGGUGGUUUACCUCAUUAUACCGUGUGGCAUAUUUAUGAACCUAGUGAUGAUGAUCUUAAAGAAAUUGCCAAUAAAGAGAGAGAGGCUAGAAGGGGAUAA